UCUUUUGCCACCAUGAACUCGUUAUAUACGUCUGGCGUUCGCCAGGUCUCUUCACUCCAAGCCGACCUUGAACGUCUUCGUAAUGGCGAGAACUCUGCCGCCCUGCUUGGGCAGAUUUCUGCUUCUUUUGCUGCAAUGAACCGCACCAUCGACGACUAUGACGCUAUGGCACGACGAGAAAUGAUAAAGGCAAAGCAGGAGAAGGCCCAAAUGCGCGUCCAGAAGUUUCGGUCAGACUACAAUGAGCUGAGGUCUCAGUUCGACCAGCUCAAAUUGCAGGCUUCUGUCGAGCAAGCGGCGCAACAACGAGCAGAUCUCAUUACCGGUACCUCCACGUCGACGACAACGGCCGAUACACGUCGCCGCUUUCAAAAUACGCCUUCAGAACAUUCAACACUUCAUCCUGGUCUACGGCCCCAGGGCGACCAACAUGCCGAAUCACCAUUCAGAACUCCAACUCCACAGCCCGCAUUUGCCUCACGAGAACAACACGCCCCUCAGAGAACACUCGUUCAUCCAAAAUACAGAAUCCAGAUUAGAUGA